CUUCCUCCUCCUCCUCCUCACCCUCCUUACAUUUUCACUCCCUCCACCAUCUCGCCGAGACUGGACACACGCACACCAGUCUCCUCGAAUAGCAGGCCCAUAGAUCGGAGCGCCUCGAAGCCUCCAACACCACCGGCAUCAUGUCUGGACUCCGCUUCCUCGACCUCGUGAAGCCCUUCACACCCCUCAUUCCCGAAGUGCAAGUGCCCGAAACGAAGGUCGCCUUCAACCAACGGAUAGUAUGGACGAGUGUGACUCUGGUCAUCUUCUUGGUGAUGAGCCAGAUGCCAUUGUACGGCAUUGUGUCUUCAGACACGUCUGAUCCCCUCUACUGGUUACGUAUGAUGAUGGCCAGUAACCGUGGAACGCUCAUGGAACUGGGAAUCACACCUAUCAUCUCAUCCGGCAUGGUUUUCCAGCUGCUGGCCGGCACCCACCUCAUCGACGUCAACCUCGACCUCAAAUCCGACCGCGAACUCUACCAAACCGCGCAGAAGCUCCUUGCCAUUAUUCUUUCCUUUGGACAGGCCUGUGUAUAUGUGCUCACCGGUCUCUACGGUCGCCCUGCAGAUCUCGGUGCAGGUAUCUGUGUGCUUCUGGUUGUCCAGCUUCUCACUGCUGCUCUCAUUGUCAUUCUGCUUGAUGAGCUCCUUCAGAAGGGAUAUGGUCUUGGUAGCGGAAUUUCUCUGUUCAUUGCCACCAACAUCUGCGAGUCUAUCGUCUGGAGAGCCUUCUCUCCAACCACUGUCAACACCGGCCGUGGACCAGAAUUCGAGGGCGCCAUCAUUGCUCUUGUUCACCUUUUGGUGACGUGGCCAAACAAGCAGCUAGCGCUGCAAGAAGCCUUCUACCGCCAGAAUCUGCCCAACAUCAUGAACUUGAUCUCUACGAUCCUGGUCUUCAGCGCUGUCAUUUACUUGCAAGGAUUCCGCGUGGAGAUUCCAGUCAAGUCUUCCCGUCAACGUGGCAUGCGUGGCUCAUACCCAGUCCGCCUCUUCUACACCUCUAACAUGCCAAUCAUGCUGCAGUCUGCUCUCUCAUCCAACGUCUUUUUGGUCUCGCAAAUGCUGUACACCAAGCUUCCAGACAACCUCCUUGUCAAGCUUGUUGGUGUUUGGGAAGCCAAGGAGGGCAGCUCGCAAGUCAUGCCCAUUAGCGGUCUGGUGUACUACAUGAGCCCACCUCUCAACAUCAAGGACGCCCUCCUGGACCCCAUCCACACUGCUAUUUUCGUCGUCUACAUGCUUGUCGCAUGUGCUGCUUUCAGCAAGACAUGGAUCGAGGUUUCCGGCUCGAGCCCUCGCGAUGUUGCCAAGCAACUCAAGGAGCAAGGUCUGGUCAUGGCUGGUCACCGCGACGAAAGCAUGUACCGAGAGUUGAAGCGUGUCAUUCCCACUGCUGCCGCGUUCGGAGGUGCUUGCAUUGGUGCUCUCUCCAUUGUCAGUGACUUGAUGGGAGCUUUGGGCAGUGGUACCGGUAUUCUCAUGGCUGUCACCAUCAUCUACUCGUACUUUGAAAUCGCCGCCAAGGAAGGUGACAUGGCUGGUCUGAAGGGUAUGGUGAUGGGGUAGAUAUGAAGAAGGACCAAGUUGAAAAGAAAAGCAAGAUUUCGUAUAUGAUAUGCGAAUUCACAUUAUUGGAAUGAAAAGAAGACCUCUUAUUGUUCACCAUGUUAUGAUGCCUCCCGAAAAGAAAAGCUCUUCUCUUGUGCAAUGUACAUGUACGUGUUAUAUGUAUAAGGUACCUUGCCUAUUGUGAUGUAUUCCUCUUCCAUCCAGCUUGAAUCAAUC